AUGUCCCCGAAAACCAAAAAUUCAUCAGCGUGUGACAAGGAUGCCAAGAAGAAAGAGUCAGGCAAACCGGGGCUCGGCUUAGAUCAGGUGACCGAGAUAGUGAUGGCGAACCAUGCGCUGAAAACGGCCAAGAAGCAACUCGAGAUAGUUGUAAAGGACUUGGAGGAGCUGGAGAAGAAAAAGGAGAAGAAAAAGAAGAAGUUAGAGAAAGAAAAGGAGUCUCUCACAGAGGAGGUUGACUGUUUGAAGAAGGCUCUCCAGAAAGCCCUGAAGCCUGUGAAAUAA